ACGAUUAAAUUCCGAUUGAAAUCACAAUUUUGAUAUGAUGAUUAUCGAUUAUUUUCGAUUAAUUGUGCAGCCCUACCUGCCUGUGUGUUGCUUGCAGCACAAGCCGGACUAUGUGGUGCAGGUGUGGAAGGCGGAGUGCUACCUGUGUAAGUUGCGUAAGGUGACCAAGGCAGGCCUGAGGGCCAUCCUCUCGGCCCCCUGGUACCUGGACCUGCCGGGACCCACCCACGACUGGGCACGACACUACAACGUCCGGCCCCUUGCCUUCAUGGGUCAGAGUCUUAAAGAGAGUGCCGUUGAGUGACCCGAUUGCUGUGAUGGUGUGUUUGUGUGUGUGUGUUUGUGUGUGUGUGUGUGUGUGUGUGUGUUGAUAAGGGAGGCCCGGUAUUCAUAGCCACAUGUCUCCACCCAUUUCAAAUGUGCGUGAAGAUAUAAUGCAAUCUACUGGUAGGGGGAGAGGGGCUUUUUAAAGGGUAACAAUGGUAAAAAAAAAAAAAAAAGCAGUUGAAUGGGUCAGCA